GCAGAGUAAUUUGACAGAUUCCUUGCACGUAUACGCGGGCAGGAUUAAUCUAAUUCUAAUUGAAUCGUCAGAGCAACACUUAUUAGAAAUUAUGUAAUUCUUCUAUUUAUUUUUUAAAAAAAUUUAAUUAUUAGUUAAUAGAAAGUCAAAAAAAUGCGAGAUCUAAUAUCCAAGUCUACCUUCAAAGCGUUCCAGUUGCGCCAUCUUCUCUUCUUCUUCUUCUUCUUCUUCUUCUUCUGCCUCUUCUUCUUGUUCUUAAUUUCCCCUUUCUCCGUCUUUUCUUUUCCUAGAAAAUUUCAAAUGGGAUAACUGUAAUACUAAUAUUAAUUAUUAUUUUUUUAUUAUUAUUAUGGACCCAUUAAUUGCAGGUUCACAUUCUGGUCUAUUUAUGGUUUCAACAACUCUCAACUUCUUCACAAUUUCCUUUGUUUUAAUCACUUAAUUAACGACUCGUUCUUCCUUGAGUUGUCUAAGGCGGAGAUUACACUUUUUCAUCUCUUUGGAUUUGCAUAAAUAAACUCGUAGACGUAGGUGGCUUCUUCUGUCUUGUCUGAUCCUCUGUUCUCUUCUUUCCUUUACGUUUCUCUUUUUCAGCAUCCUGGGUUUGCUCUUUUAGUUCUUCUGUUCGUUUCGUUUUAAAUUUUCUCUAACUGGGUUUUUGGAUUUUGAGCUUUUGGUCAAUUGUACUGCAGUAGCUUAAUUUGGGCUUGUGUAAUUUUUUUUUUUUGUCUUUCUGGGUAUUUGUGUUUUUUUUCCCCAUUUGAAUAUUUGGGGUUUGGUGAUUCUGAGUUUUGUCACAAUGAGCAUUUGCUUUUCAAGGAGCCACUCCAGCUCCUUUUAGUGGUAUUUUUUGGAGUUAUUGAAGAAUUCUGGUUUUGGGCAUCUUUUGCUAACUUAGUUUCCUGCAGAGAAGCUGCAUUAGCUGCGUAAAUUUGCCCUAACAAACUGGCAAAGGUUGAGUUGUCAGUAUAAUUUAGUUGUCGUCAGUUGGUAUUGUUGCAUAUUAUUACAUCAUUCUAGUUCUGUGCAUUGCUUGUGCGUUGUAUUCCUUCUAGAAGCUACAUUUAUCAGCGUCAAUUCUCUCCCAUAAACAGCAAAGUUCCAUUCUUUCGCUUGUUUGUUUGGUCGGUUCCUCUUUGCAAUGGCUGGUGGCAGAAAGAAGAAAUUGCGUCUUAGCAAGAUCUACUCAUUUGGAUGCGGGAGGUCAUCCUUCCAGGAUGACCAUUCACAGAUAGGGGGACCAGGGUUUUCAAGGCUUGUUUUCUGCAAUGAACCUGACAGCUUUGAAUCUAGCUUUGAAUCUGGAAUUCGAAAUUACAUCAACAAUUAUGUUAGUACUACCAAAUAUACUCCUGCUACUUUCUUGCCCAAAUCAUUGUUCGAGCAGUUUAGGAGAGUGGCCAACUUUUAUUUCCUGGUUAGUGGCAUCUUGUCUUUCACUCCUCUUUCGCCUUAUGGGGCUAUCAGUGCCAUUAUCCCUCUCAUCGUUGUUAUUGGAGCCACCAUGGUCAAAGAAGGAAUUGAAGAUUGGAAGCGACAACAGCAGGAUAUUGAAGUGAAUAACAGAAAAGUUAAAGUGCAUCAAGGUGAUGGUGUUUUCAAGCAGACUGUAUGGAAGAAUCUAAGGGUGGGAGAUAUAGUGAAGGUGGAGAAGGAUGAAUUCUUUCCAGCAGACCUUCUUUUGAUUUCCUCUAGUUAUGAUGAUGCAAUCUGCUAUGUUGAGACUAUGAACCUUGAUGGAGAGACAAAUUUGAAAAUAAAACAGGCAGUGGAGGCAACUACUUUCUUACACGAGGAUUCCAACUAUAAGGAUUUCAAGGCUACUAUAAAAUGCGAAGAUCCAAAUGCAAAUUUAUACUCCUUUAUAGGAACUUUGGAUUUUGAAGAAAACCAAUAUCCCCUCAGUCCUCAACAGCUUCUCCUUAGAGACUCAAAACUCAGAAAUACAGACUACAUAUAUGGGGCAGUUAUCUUCACUGGACAUGACACAAAGGUUAUGCAAAACUCCACAGCCCCUCCUUCAAAGAGAAGCAAAAUUGAAAAGAAGAUGGAUUCAAUUGUCUACCUCUUGUUUGGUAUCGUAUUUUUUAUGGCAUUAACUGGAUCUAUUGUCUUUGGCAUUAUAACUGGAGAUGAUUUAGAAAAUGGCAGGAUGAAAAGGUGGUAUCUUAGACCAGAUGAUUCCGAAGUUUACUUUGAUCCUGAUAAAGCGGCGAUUGCAGCAGUUCUUCAUUUUCUGACUGCCAUAUUGCUAUAUAGCUACUUCAUUCCCAUCUCCUUGUACGUAUCAGUAGAAGUUGUUAAAGUUCUACAAAGCAUUUUCAUCAAUCAAGAUAUUCAUAUGUAUUAUGAGGAGACAGACAAACCAGCACACGCCCGUACUUCAAAUUUGAAUGAGGAACUUGGGCAAGUGGACACAAUACUUUCUGACAAGACUGGUACUUUGACCUGCAACUCCAUGGAGUUCAUCAAGUGCACUGUGGCUGGGACUCCUUAUGGCCGUGGUGUCACAGAAGUUGAGAUGGCUAUGGAUAAAAGAAAAGGUGGUCCAGUGGUUGAAGAAAAAAUAAAUGGAUGGGACCAUAACAAGGAUUCUACAAAUGCAAAACCACACAUUAAAGGAUUCAAUUUUGAAGAUGAUAGGAUUAUGAAUGGAAACUGGAUUCAUGAGCCUCAUGCUUCUGUUAUUCAAAGUUUUUUCCGCUUGUUGGCAGUCUGUCAUACUGCUAUAGCUGAAGAGGAUGAAGAUACUGGGAAGAUAUCAUAUGAAGCUGAAUCACCAGAUGAAGCAGCAUUUGUGAUUGCAGCAAGAGAAGUUGGUUUUGAAUUCUGCAGAAGGACUCAAACAAGCAUCUCAGUGCGUGAGUUGGAUAUGGUGUCUGGGAGGAGAGUUGAAAGGACAUAUACACUUUUGAACGUUUUAGAGUUUAACAGUGCAAGGAAGCGGAUGUCUGUGAUAGUAAGAACUGAAGAGGGAAAGCUAUUAUUACUUUGCAAAGGUGCUGACAGUGUGAUGUUUGAAAGGCUUGCCCUGAAUGGUAAAGAGUUUGAAGAGAAGACAAGGGAUCAUGUGAAUGAGUAUGCAGAUGCAGGCUUGAGGACCCUGAUACUAGCCUGUCGUGACCUUGAUGAAGAAGAAUACAAAGAUUUCAGUAAGAAGUUCACUGAGGCUAAGAAUUCAGUAAGUGCAGAUCGGGAAACAUUGAUUGAUGACUUGGCAGAGAAGAUGGAGAGGAAUCUAAUUCUUCUUGGUGCAACUGCUGUUGAGGACAAACUCCAAAAUGGGGUUCCUGAAUGCAUAGACAAGCUUGCCCAAGCUGGGAUUAAGAUCUGGGUUUUGACUGGAGACAAAAUGGAGACUGCCAUCAACAUUGGUUUUGCUUGUAGUUUGCUCAGACAAGGAAUGAAGCAAAUUAUAAUCAAUUUGGAGACUCCAGAGAUUCAAGCAUUGGAAAAAGCAGGAGACAAGGCGGCCAUUACAAAGGCAUCAAACGAAAGUGUUCUUCGCCAAGUAAUUGAAGGAAAAGCACAGAUUGCUGGAUCAAGUGGGGGCUCUGAUGCAUUUGCGUUGAUCAUUGAUGGGAAGUCACUUACUUAUGCUUUAGACGAUGAUAUGAAGGUGAGGUUUCUGGAGCUUGCCAUUGGUUGCUCGUCUGUGAUUUGCUGCCGUUCAUCACCAAAACAGAAGGCACUGGUCACUAGACUGGUGAAAGAAGGAACAGGAAAAACAACAUUAGCAGUGGGUGAUGGUGCCAAUGAUGUGGGUAUGCUUCAAGAAGCAGACAUUGGAGUUGGAAUCAGUGGUGUUGAAGGAAUGCAGGCUGUUAUGUCAAGUGAUGUUGCAAUUGCUCAAUUUCGGUAUUUGGAGCGGCUGCUACUUGUACAUGGACACUGGUGUUAUCGGAGGAUCUCAGCAAUGAUAUGCUACUUCUUGUACAAAAACAUUACAUUUGGCUUCUCUCUUUUCUUGUAUGAAGCAUUUACAUCAUUCUCUGCGCAACCUGCAUACAAUGAUUGGUUUAUGUCCCUGUUCAGUGUCUUCUUCACUUCACUUCCUGUGGUUGCUAUGGGUAUUCUUGACCAGGAUGUUCCCGCAGCGUCUGCGCUCAAGUUUCCUCAAUUGUAUCAAGAAGGGGUACAAAAUAUCCUCUUCAGCUGGCGCCGAAUACUCAGUUGGAUGUUUAGUGGAUUCUAUAGCGCAGUCAUUGUUUUCUUCUUCAGCACAAAAGCAAUGGAGCAUCAAGCGUUCAAUGAUGAUGGCAAAACUGUUGGGAGGGACAUCUUAGGAGCAACAAUGUACUCAUGCAUUGUGUGGGCUGUGAACUUGCAAAUGGCACUGUCAAUUAGUUACUUCACCAUAAUACAGCAUGUCUUAAUCUGGGGUUCUGUUGCUUUGUGGUACAUUUUUCUCUUGAUAUAUGGAUCCAUAACUCCCACAGCUUCUACCGAUGCCUACCAGAUCUUUGUUGAAGCCCUUGCCCCAGCCCCUUCAUACUGGCUUCUUGUACUAUUUGUGGUGAUCUCAACUGCAGUCCCAUAUUUCUCAGCAUCAGCAAUUCAAAUGCAGUUCUUUCCCAUGUACCAUCAAAUGAUACAGUGGAUGAAUUAUGAAGGACAGUCAAAUGAUCCCGAGUAUUGUGAUAUGGUGCGGCAAAGGUCGUUGCGACCAACGUCAGUCGGCUUUACAGCUCGUAGAGCUGCACGAACCAGCCGUGCAUGACCUAGGCAGCAGAAGAGUCGGAGAUCACUCAAGAUGGUAGCUAGUUAUUAUUAGAUGAAAUCUUUCAAAAGUUUUGAGUAACCUGAAAUAUCCCUAUUGUAUCUGUUUUCACCGUGGGGGAGUAUUUCAGUCGAUAUGUAUAUUUUGAUUUUAGCCUUCUGAUCCCAUAUGUAUAUUUUUUGUAUAAUGCACCUUGUAUUAGUUGUAGAAUGUAUUUAGUACAUAAGUGAGAAAAAUUCAUUACAGAAUUGAUUAGUGCUCUUUCUUUUUUCCAUAAACAUAUAUCCACCCUUAAUUCUUAUUGUACCUCAA